GACGUCGGCUACGUAUCCAUCAGGGAGGGCGUGGCUUUCCGUUGCAGAUAGGCAGGUUCAAUGCGGAAGACAAACAAUAACCUCCUGACAUUCAAGUUAUCAAGAGCAGAGACAAGUUCCUCAGGAGGUUUUUUUGAUACCUAAAGUCAUCAUCUAAGCAACUUAAGACACAAACUAUGUGGCCGAAUCAAGGUCCCUCUCCUCCUAUGGGUCCUCAAAAUCCCGCCUUCCCUCCUGGUUACAACCCCGCAUUUCCCACUGCUCCUGCAUCAGGAAUCUUCCCCCAGGGUCCAAACCCUGCAUACACACCAGGCCCGUAUCCUGCCGGCCAGUACCCAGCAGGCCAAUUCCCAGCUCCCAUGAACCCAACCAUGAUUCCCAACGUACCUCCAGGGGCGAUGCCUUAUGGAGCUCCUGGACCUCAUGCUUAUCCCAUGGCUCCUGGGGGUGUUCAUCCAGGUCCAUACCCCCAUUCUCCCAAAGGAGGUCAUCACAAGGGCCACCACCAAGGUCAUCAUCCAGGUGGAUUACAUCCCGGGCCUGGAAUGGUAGUUGGAGGACAUGGACACAAAAAGCAUAAGAAGAUGAAGAAGAUGAAGAAAGGUCACAAGCAUGGACACCACAAACAUGGCAAGUCAUCAAGCAGCAGCAGCAGCAGCAGCAGCAGCAGCAGUGACUCAGACUAAGGGUUCGAGCUCAACAUCCGGCCUUCAGAGAAUGCUUUUUCCAAAAGUGCAACUCAGCUUUAUAAAAAUACUAAAAUCAAAUCUUAUCAUUUUUACCUGCACAAGUAUAGUAUUUUAUAAUAUACUUUAACAGUUUGUUUAUGACACUGAAGCAGCAUGCACACUAGUCGUUUCUUUCAGUGUCUGAGAUUCAGUUCCUUUUCCCUUAUAUUGUUUGCAAUGUUUAGGUCUUUAGUUGUGGUUUCUGUCUCUGUUUUUUUAUAUAAAUCCACAAAAACAAGUGUAUAACUUUAAAAUGUUUUGUUUUAAGAUUUGAUUUAGGAAAUUAGAACAGUAAUUAUCAGUAAGAAAUUUUACAUUCCCAGUAGAAUAUUAUAAGUGCUGAAUUGGAACUGCUAUGAAUUUAGUUAAUGUCUGAUCUUAUGCUCACCACUACAUGGCUUCAAAAUAAAUAAAUAAAUCAAUGAACUACA